AUGGCGAGCUCAUGGCUUGUAUGCAUGGCAUACUGGUGGCUUUGGUUGGCCUUGCCUGGGGUGGACGGAGCGUUGACGGUGGGGCCACGUCAUACCGACGAUCUCCUGCGAAAGCUGCGCUCCUCGAUCUUCGUUGAGACCUCAUUUCUGGAGGAGCGGCCGGCAGAGGCGAAGUGCUCCUCACUAGAUGGGCCCCAAUGCUUCUUUGCAGUGGACGGUGCAGGGCUAUCAUUGGAUGGACCGGGAGUGAUCCCAGAGAGACUGCUGCACGAUCUUGGAGUCGACGGGCCGGGUGUUGACUUCAUGACACCCGAGUACAUGAUCCUGGAAGCGCAAGUGCGUCAAGGAUCUCUUGUGCAAGAGCUGUCAAACGAGCCCCCACUUCUUGGCGGUGCAUCAGCACGGGACUUCCUGGCGCACGGCCGCAAUGCAACAGAAACAGGACUGCUCCACUUCACAGGGGCACAGCUCGAUCACCGACUGCCCGUGACCUUCUCCCAGGGGCUCCCGGGGAACAUUGUAGCGACCUUCGAUGGGCGCUGGAUCGCAAGAGAUUGUCACUCAGCGGGUCGUGCUGUCGCAGGCCUUCCCCAGUCUGCAGCCGACGGCGCCCUGGCUUUUCCCUCGCAAAAUGCGGUCGGCCUUCCCAGCCCUGAGGAUGCUCGCGAGCAGCAGCUCUCCGUCUCAGCAGAGCUGGCUGGAUCCAUCGGGUACCUCCGCUUCUCGCGACCUGUGUCGGUGCGCUCGCUCUUCGCGCGCUGGGCGCCGGGCCCCGGAGCUCCCAAGGCAUUGAUCGGUGGUCGCCUGG